AAGCUACACAUUUUCUUUAAUUUUUUUUUCUAAAUUAAUCACACCAUUUCUUUCACUUCAUUAAAUUUUAUAAACUACAUUCAAAGGCAUCAGUUCAUAUUUUCAGUACCCUUUUACUACAUUGAAAAUAAAUUGUGAAAAAAAUUCAUACCAUCAUUAGUUAACAGUUCAUAUGCACAUUUAAAUAUUUACUUUUAUCAACUCUUAUUUUUCAAAUUUUUUUCCCUCUCAUUCAUCUGUUUCUUCCUUGUGCUCAUGAAUUUUCAGGUUAUUAAAUAUUACUUUUGAAAUUCUGUUAUUUGUGAACAUGCUUAUUUGUAUCUAUAUAAUAUGGACUUUCCUUGUUACCUCUUGUGAUGUUAUGGAAGGGAAGAAAAAAAUGCACCUGUCAUAUAGAAAUAAAUAUUCAACAUAGCCUGAAUCAUUUAUAAAUAAACACCUUUAUGGUUGACACAAAAGGAAUUUUGUAUUUAAUUUCUGUAAAAUUUUGAGUUAGUCAUUUAAAACUAUUAAAAACAUUUUUGAAGAAUACUUUCAAUCUUUAGUAGUCUUUUCAAGUUGUAAAAUGUCCAAUUAGAAAACAUUAUACACUGUUUUAAGUUGCUUUGGAUAUGAUCAGAAAAACUGGUUUCGACUUGAAUGAAAUUAUUAAUGAUAAAAUAAUUCUCAUUGUAAGAAAUAUUAUGAUUUUUUUAUUAUUAUUUAUAUGCAGUGUUAUUAAAGAAUGUAAUAUUUUAACAGGAUAAAAUUUUAAGUCCUGUGCCAUUUCAGAUCCAGAGGCCUUCAGGUUAUUACUAUUAAAAUGAUUUUUUAACUUCUUUGGUAUUGCCAGUGAAAAUCCAAGAAUUGCUUCCAUCUCUCUUUUAAUGCAAGAUUGAAAUUCUGCAAUUUAAUUUCUUAUUUUCAAGUCAUCUCAAAUUUUUUUCCUGGGAUCAUUUUACUUUAAAAAUAAAAAGAAAAGAAAGAUGUUGAAAACUCAGCUUAUAUUUAUUCUCUCUUGCAAAGUGAGGAAUAAUCUAAUCAAAUCCACUCUUAGAAAUUAUUCUCGAACUGCCUGCAAGCCAAAAACAAUUGUUUGGAAUACUUUCAGUUAUAAAUAUUUGCUUCAUCAAGCUUCUUUUCAAGCAACACAAAGAUUUUGGCUUUCAAAGCUGACCAACAUUUCAUUGGCAAAAGAUACACAAUCAAUAACAGACUCUUUUCUUGAUGGAGUUGUUGGUAUUGAGGAUUCUGAAAGAAGAGAUGAAGUAUUAGGUAUAGUUAAAUUCCUUAUAUCACAUGGUUGCUCUGAAGAAGAAAUUAAGACCAAAUGUUUACAUUAUAUCAUUGGCACUCAAAGUUCAUAUUUCAAAGUAAAGCUUCUUGCUGAUUUGCAUUUUAAUAUUGUCAUGCUCAUGCCAUUAUUGUCAUGCCAUAUUGUUUCUUUACGAGCAGCAGCCAAGCAUGCUCGCCGUGACAAUAAUAACCGUAUAGAAUAUUUAUCACAUAACUUAGAUAUAGAACCAGUUGAUUUAAUUCCUAUGCUUUCCAAACAUCCUUCUCUUUUAACUAUGCCUUUUAAAAGGCUACAGCAUAAAAUGACAGUUUUGAAACAAGCACAAAUUAGUUCUGAAUAUAUUGUUAAAGAUCUUUGGAUUUUCAAUUACAAUGAAAAAUUAUUGGAAAACAGAAUUUCUGCUGCCUUAAAGGCGAAAGUGGAAUUAAAACCUUGGAUGCUUCGUUGUUCAGAAAAAUUCUUUGAAUCAAUGUUGAGCAAAUGGGCUCAAACACAAAAUAUUUUAAAAGGAGAUGAUGAAGUGAGCUAUCUAGCAAAGAAAUUGGACUGUUCUGAAGAUUAUGUUAAGGUAUUGAUGGAAAAAAAUAAACUAUUGAAGACAAUCAAUAUUCCCAAGAUAGAGAAGGUUCUCAACUUCUUGUAUGAAAAAGGUUAUACUCCACAAGAAGUUCGGUUAUUUCCUAGAGUCUUUUGCUCUAGUGUGCAGACACUCAGUAAAAGGUUUGAAGAGUUUAGCAAGUUUAAAGCUACUCUACCUACCAUGUCACAAUUGUGUAUCUCUUCAAAAAAAUUUGAAAAUACUCGGACAAAGAAAAGUUCUUCAAAAGAGAAGGAAUCUGAAUUGAGUGAAAGCAGUUAAAUUGUGUAGAAUUUAGGAAUUGUUUUGGAAUUUCAAAUUAUUAAUAAAUAUUAAAUAACUUAACAUUUAUGCAGCUAUUUUUCCCCCUUCUUCUUCUUUCAGUUUAAUGUAUCUCAUUUCUGACAAAGACACUUGUAGUGCUAAUAGUGUUGUGUACCUCAUUUGGAAAAUGUUAAAAAAAUCAUAUCAUUAAAAACUUCUAAUAAAAUUAUUUAUUAUAAUAUUAAAUUAAACAA